ACGUGACCGCGGCGGAAGUUUUCGGUGGAUUUGUGUAUUUGCUGCUGGUGCUUUCGAAGCGUGAGAAAAAGACAUUGGCGAACUCGCCCUGAAAUAUCCUCAAAUACCACAAAACCUCAACUCCAGUCAGCAGGGAAACGGUUCAAAACACAGAAAAGGUUUGAUCUGAACACUGACUGGACACACACACAUACAUACACACAAUAACACAUAUAUACACGUAGAGACACACACCCACUCAAACACACUGUGGUGAUGUCUGAGGCGGAGGGGUGUGUGUCGUUGUGGGAGUGGCUGUGUGUGCUGCAUCUGGACCAGUAUUUCCCAGUGUUCCAGGACGCGGGGUUUGGAACGCUGUUGGAAUGCCAAGGGCUGACCCAGGAUCAGCUGGAGACGAUUGGAAUCACAUUGCCUGGACACCGUAAACGCAUCCUAGCCAGCCUGCAAAAAACACUCCACACAAACACUCACACACACCCAGAGAGCGAGCCCGACGCUCUACACACACACCUGGCUGCAGAGGGAGACCAGAGAGAGGAAGAGAGAGCAGUGUUCACAGACAGACCCAGCCCUGUGGGGAGUGAGAGACCAGUCCCUGCACAGAGACCAGUGUCCAGAGGAGAGAGACCAGUCCCUGCACAGAGACCAGUCCUUAGAGGAGAGAGACCAGUCCCUGCACAGAGACCAGUCCCUAAGGAGAGAUCAGUGUCCAGGGAAGGAGAGAGGGAUGGAGAGAGACCAGUCCCUGCACAGAGACCAGUCCCUAAGGAGAGAACUAAGUACCGCUCUGUCCCUGUGGAGACAUUGGACUGUGUCCAGACUUACCCUCGUCCCAACACUAGCCCCUGCCCUACCACCCCCCAUUCUAGUGCCCAGGACUCCCCUUUACCCCCCAUCCCACCUCGCAGCACUCCAAACUGCCCCCCACUACGCUUCAUCCACACCUCCCCUAAAAACUCCCCCACUGCACCCAAACCCAGAUCUGAACAUAACAACUUAAACACCCCAAUCACUGUACCUCCUCCUAUCCUUACCACCAAUCCCCUCACCUUACCCUCCCCCAGGCCCUGUCCUGCACCUCUGGCUAUCUACCCACCAGCCAGACACUCCCAGCAGGUGUGGGAGGGAGGAAGAAAGCACUCUCCUGGUUCCCCCUCAUCCUCAUCCUCCUCUUCCUCCUCAUUUGAACGAUAUGACCAGUCAUCAUCUGAUCAAGGCGUGCCUCCCCUCCCCCCUAAAGUCUAUGUGGUGGGGGCGGGCCCUAAAGAGCCUCAUAGUCCUGCUCCAAUCCCACAUCGACCUCCUGUCUUGCCCUCCAGAACCACACCCACACAGAGUGAUGCUCCCAUCAAUGAGCCGCACACGGACCGAACUCCACCACCCCCGCCUCGGACCAAGGUACCCAAUACACCAGUCGACACGCAGCCUGCUCUGCCCAUGAGAAGGAUCCCCCUGCCACGGCCUGAAAUCAGGUCAGAUGACAGUUCAGAUGACUAUGAAGAUCCAGACCAAGUCUUCCCCAAGCCCCAGGCUGUGAACCUGGCAGAAGAUCCAGACCAAGUCUUCCCUAAACCCCAGGCUGUGAACCUGGCAGAAGAUCCAGACCAAAUCUACUCCAAGCUCCAGUCUGUGAACAUGGCAGACAGAGAUGUGUUCCUGCCAGUGCCGGGGUGGGGGAAGGGACGGUACAACUCUCUCUGCAGCGACGAUGAACUAUUGGAUGAUGACAAUGAGCCAAUCAGCAGCCAUCGGAGCUCAUGGCAGGACUAUGGUCUGAGUACGCUCCAGGGUAGUGUCUACCUGCCGGUCAGAGGCAGGGUCCUUGCCCCACCCCCUAGAGAUGGCCCCUCCCCUGAAACCUGCCCUGUUCUAAAGAUUGGCUGGCUGGAUAAGAACCCAACCCAGGGGUCUCUGUACUACCAGAGGAGAUGGGUGAAGCUGGAUGUUGACUACCUGAGAUACUUUGACAACGACAAGGAGGUAUACUCUAAGAGGAUCAUACCAACGGCUGCCAUUACGGGGGUGACCAACGUGGGGGAGCAGAAGUUUGAGGUGGUCACAGCCAACCGAACCUUUCUCUUCAAAGCCGAGAGCGACUCUGAGAGGAAUGAGUGGGUGGCAGUGCUGCAGAACUUCACUAGGGGGCGCCAGGAAGGCAGCAGGGAGAUGACCUCAUUGGUCCCGCCCUCCUUUCUGACCCCUGGUUCACCCCUGACCCCUGAACAGCAGGGCUACCUGGAGCUGAGGGGCCUGCGCUCCAAACUCUACACAGUCGUCUCCGGAGACAAGGUCUUCCUCUACAAGAACAUGGAGGACUACCGCCUUGGCAUCGGUAUCACGUCUAUCGACAUGAAUGUAGGAAACGUGAAAGUCACUGACCGCCGCAGUUUUGAUUUGACCACACCCUACCGCAUCUUCAGUUUUCUAGCGGAUUCGGAACAACAUAAGGAGCAGUGGGUAGAAGCAAUGCGUGACGCAAUUGGAGAAGCUCUGUCCAAUAGCGAGGUGGCUAAUCAAAUCUGGGCGGAGCCUAGCAACGGUUGCUGUGCCGACUGUGGCGCCGCCAAACCUGAGUGGGCUGCCAUCAACCUGUGUGUGGUGGUCUGCAAACGCUGUGCAGGAGAGCAUCGGGGUUUGGGCCCCAGCAUCUCUAAGGUGCGCAGUCUGAAGAUGGACAGGAAGGUGUGGACAGAGGAGCUUAUACAGGUGUUCCUGUUGCUAGGAAACGAGCGUCUGAACAGGUUCUGGGCGGCGAACGUCCCUCCCAGCGAGGCGCUGAGUCCGACCAGCUGCUGCGAAGACCGCCGCCGAUUCAUCAGCUCCAAAUACAGACAAGGCAAAUACCGCAAAUAUCACCCCCUCUACGGCAACCAGAGAGAGCUCAACAACGCCCUGUGUAUAAACGUGCAGUGCAGUGAUGUGCUGGAAACGUUGUGUCUGGUGUUCUGUGGAGCUGAUGUGAACUGUUCUACUGGCCAGACUGACUGUCCCUCCCCCCUCUCCCUGGCACUUGCACACAACCAGAAACUACAGGCCCAGUUCCUCUCUCACAACCUCAACACAGAGCUGCCUCGGUCGGAGGUGACUGGGGACAUGGAGCCUCAACACUAUUCACCACAGCACCCCGUCACUCACAAUGGCUUCCUUUUCAAGACCGCCUCCAUGGUCCGGCCUAUUACGGAGCGCAAGGCCAGGGAGGAGUUCAGUCGUCGCUGGUGUAUGUUAAAUGAUGGGAACUUUAGUUACUACGAGAGUGACAAGACCUCCACGCCCAACGGUGCCCUGAAGUCUACAGAGAUAGUCUGUCUGUCUGUCAACACACCAGAGAGACAUGGCUAUGACCAUACGUUUGAGCUGUACUCUGACUCAGAGCGUCUCUAUCUGUUUGGAACUGAUGACCAAGACAGCCACAAGGAGUGGGUCAAAUCCAUCACCAAGAUGUUUAUUCCGUCCAAUGCAGAGGCUCUAUUGAGACUGAGCUUUGAGCGGAUUGGCCGGCUGAAGUACAAGGACGGGUUGAACCUACAGAGCCCUCGGGUUGGCUGGUUUGCGCUGGUUGGCUCCUCCCUCCAUGCCUACCUGGAGGACAGUGAGGAAGAGGAGGAGAUACACCUACGCAAACUGCAGGAGCUCUCGAUCCAGCAGGAGAAUGAGGUGCUGGUUCUGGUGGAGAGAGGCAGGACACUGUACAUCGAGGGGGAGAGGAAGCUUGACUUCCAGGGUUGGUGUGUGGGCAUCCAGAAAGCAGCAGGCAGUGCAGGAGACUCUCUUAGUCAGCAGCAACUAACUGAGGCCGACAUCCCUGUUAUAGUGGACCGCUGCAUUGACUAUAUCACACAGUGCGGUCUGACGUCUGAGGGUAUCUACCGUAAGAGCGGUGUGAACAGUCGCGUGGCGGCGCUGUGCGAGGCGUUUCGGCGUGAUGCCCGUAAUGUGCGUCUGAAGGAGGAGGAGCACCAGGUGGACGACGUGUCUAACACACUGAAACGCUUCUUCAGAGAGUCUGGAGAGGGCCUGUUCACCAUACAGGCUGCUAGCACAUGGCUCAGCACACCUGUGAUCCCAGAGGAGAGCAAGAAGAUCUCUCAGUACCAGCUGCUGCUGAGCCGCCUGCCCAGAGUCAACAAGGCCACGCUACGAGCCCUGGUCAACCACCUCUACUGUGUGCAGCGGUUUGCAGAGCUGAACCAGAUGAAUCUCCAUAACCUGGCUAUAGUAUUUGGCCCAACACUGUUCCAGACCGACGGGAAGGACUACACAGCUGGACGCGUCGUAGAGGAACUCAUAGAGCACUACACGGACGUCUUUGAGGUGGAUGAGCAGCAGCUGAAAAGGCAGCUGGAUGAGAUCACGGUCAUCAUUAAAGUUAGAGAGAAGUUGAACCUCAACUCCAGCGUUCCUGCGUCGGGGUCAGCAGGUGACUUCAUCUGUACAGUGUACCUAGAGGAGAAGAAGGAGACGGCAGAGCAGCAUGUCAAGAUCCCUGGUUCUAUGACGGCAGCAGAGCUGACCUGUGAGAUUCUGGACCGGCGGAAGAUCCAGGUCAGAGAGAAAGACUACUGGAGCUGCUGGGAGGUCAGCCAGAAGGAGGAGACCGAGCGUCCGUUGCAUCAUCUGGAGCGUGUGUUACCCAUCCUACACUCUCUGGGUACCGACUCCCACCUGCUGGUCAAAAAGAACCUGGCCAUGGAGGCCAUACUGGUCUACCUGGCCAGUAAAGUGGAUGUGUCCAAGCACGGGAUGGUGAAGUUCCGGGAGGAGAGGAGCAUUCUGGGAUUGGGACUGAACACCGGCAGCUUCCACGACCGCUACUUCAUCCUAAACACUGUCUCCCUCAGGAUGUACAAGGAAGUGCGGAGUAAUCGUUCAGAGAGGGAAUGGCAGGUGAAGAAUCUGAGGGUCUAUCUAGGCAUCAAGAAGAAACUACGACCACCCACCUGCUGGGGUCUGACUGUGAUCUAUAAAAGUGAAAAACAGGAGAAGCCAGAGAAGCAGCAAUGGUAUCUGUGUUGUGACACUCAGACAGAGAUGAGGGAGUGGUUCUCCACCUUCCUCACUGUCCAGUAUGAUGGUAACGUGUGGCCAGUGGAUGCAGUCCAAACACGUGUGACCCGUGCGUUGCCGGUGGAUACGCGUCAUGGUAACGUGGCAUUGAUUCCGUUGCGCGGCAGCGAGAAUGAGAUGCGGAACAGCGUUGCAGCUUUCACUGCCGACCCGCUUGGCCUCUUUAGAGAUGUCUGAUAAUGGGGCCAGACAAGGGGAGAGACCACCAGCUAUAGAACCCACAAACUCUUCAGAACAUUCCAGUAAUGGCACCCCCCCCCCCCCCCCCCCCCCCCCCCACGCACACACACACACCUGUGCCUAUAAACUGGACCUCUAAGCAGGGGAAGCAGGUGUGUCAUGAGGAUUGAGAGAGACUGCUACCACAGUGCCUUUUACAACUGCAGUGCACCCUGGGAUACAUCGAGGACCUGGAAGACGUUCCCGGUAUAGACUGAGGGAGGGACAGAACUAGAACACAGACUGUUACCGGAGCAGCAUGACAGUACAGACUGUUACCGGAGCAGCCUGACAGUACAGACUGUUACCGGAGCAGCCUGACAGUACAGACUGUGUCUCUCUGAGAGGCCUGGAGAACCUGUGACAGGUGGGAGAUAAUGGAAUGACCUUCACUGGCAAUCCAGCCUUCAGUGUCCCCAUAUGUCCCAUAAUAACUCUAUCCCUUCCUCUAACCAUGUCGAUCUCCCUGGUUUUUAACUUUCCCCCACAUCUACACCUCCCUGAGACUCCCCCAUCUAUAAAGUGUUCACCCCACUCCCCAGUGUUCUCCUUACCUGUUUUCUAGACUUGUGUAAUUAUUUAUUUCUCCAGCAGAGGGAGCAGCAUAUGAACGUAAGGGGGACAACCAUGACCAUUAUUCAACAUUAAGUUGGUUCCACUAGUCAAGAGGGAGCCAUAGAGACGUGUCCGAGUUGAUUUAUGUAGUGACGUCAUUACUCCCAACUCUAGGCCAAACCUGUAUAUAUGUAUACACACACACUCACACAGGCCCUCAGAACUGUUUUUGGGCAAGGAAAUAAGUGCUCACUCUGUUUACCAUUUGUGUAAGACUGUGGUGUCCUUCCUGUCUGCUACUCUGUACACUUCAACAAGCGUUUCAGUCAGAACUACAUUCCUAGUUCAGUGAUGACAUGUGGAGGAGUCCGUAAGGAGAGCAUUAAUUAACACCUGACCGUGUGGUUAACCAGCCUGAUCUCCUGAGCUCACAUUCUGGUUCACUUCAGUAAAAACGAAAUGUGAUGAUGCUCAGUGAUGAGUCUGGUUUCACCAGGCUAGUGUGACUGACUGGUCAGAAAUUGUCUACUUUUCUGGGGACGCAACAACACGCACAAGUGGUGUAUUCUCAUGAAUGUGAACCUAACACUCUCAAUCAUCAUAUUAAAUGUAACAUGACAGCUUUAACCUGCCUCUGUCUUAUAACUGUAUCUAAGUGAAAGUAACUUUUGUCAAUUCUGCAGUUCUUCAGAUGAUAACUGUAGAUAUGAAUUUUAAUAAAUAAAGUCAAUGUAAUUUGGA